UUUAAUUCCUGAUAUUAAAUUGUGUCGAAAAGUUGACAAUCAGCUGACCUUAGAGAAACAACCAGCUGCUGGAAAGCUUAUAGUUAAGUUUUUAGAAAGAGGUCUUCUGAAUCUGAAACAAGAAAAUUGGUAACAUUUGCUUCGUGCUCAUACCCCUGCACCUGUCACCAAGUUAUUCACAGCCAGCCAAUAGACUGGUAGGUAUGGAACCUGAAGACUGAGUGAAACACUCAAGUGGAGGAGACAAUGGAGGGAGAUGGCGACGCUGCGACGGCGCCGUUGCUGGACUUCAUCGAUGACCAGUCAGCCGCCUCGGAGGAGCUGCUGCGGUGGGAGCCAGUGCCAUUCGACGUGCUGUCGCGGCUGGCAUUGUGGGAAGCCGGCAACCUGUGGCGCAUCUCAUGGGCGUCCAUCCUCAUCACGCUCUUCAGCUUCACUCUCAGCCUCGUCACGCAGAUGUUUGUUGGCCACCUUGGUGAGCUCGAGCUCGCUGGGGCCUCCAUCACCAACAUCGGCAUCCAGGGCCUAGCCUACGGCAUCAUGCUCGGCAUGUCGACUGCAGUGCAGACGGUGUGCGGCCAGGCCUACGGUGCGAGGAGGUACAGGGCGAUGGGCGUUGUUUGCCAGAGAGCGCUCCUCCUCCAGUUUGUGACGGCCGUCGCCAUCGCUUUCUUCUACUGGUACUCUGGGCCAUUCCUGCGGCUCAUUGGGCAGGCUGAGGAUGUGGCUGUGGCGGGGCAGCUGUAUGCUCGUGGGCUGGUGCCGCAGCUGCUCGCGUUUGCACUCUUCUGCCCGAUGCAGAGGUUCCUGCAGGCUCAGAACAUCGUCAACCCCGUGGCAUACAUGGUGCUUGCUGUGCUCGUCUUCCACAUCCUCAUCUCGUGGCUCGCUGUGUUCGUUCUCAGCUUUGGCCUUCUCGGCGCGGCUCUGACGCUGAGCUUCUCUUGGUGGGUGCUUGUGGCGUUGACAUGGGCAUACAUCAUCUGGAGCCCGGCUUGUAAGGAGACGUGGACCGGGCUGUCCAUGCUCGCUUUCAGAGGCCUCUGGGGAUACGCCAAGCUCGCCUUCGCGUCGGCUGUUAUGCUAGCAUUGGAGGUCUGGUACGUGCAAGGAUUUGUGCUUCUGACUGGCUUCCUCCCCAACUCAGAGAUUGCUCUUGAUUCGCUCUCUAUCUGCAUCAACUACUGGAACUGGGACUUCCAAAUCAUGCUUGGUUUAAGCUAUGCGGCCAGUAUCCGUGUCGGCAACGAGCUUGGCGCUGGCCAUCCAAAGGUCGCAAGGUUGUCGGUCCUGGUGGUCGUCACGGUGAGCAUCGCCUUCAGCAUUCUCGCCACAAUCGUCGUCAUGGCCCUCAAGUACCCGCUGAGCACCCUCUACACGAGUAGCACGACGGUGAUUGAGGCUGUCAUUGCACUGAUGCCGUUGCUGGCCAUCAGCAUCUUCUUGAACGGGAUCCAGCCAAUCCUCUCAGGAGUCGCCGUCGGGAGCGGGUGGCAAGUCAUAGUUGCCUAUGUCAACGUCGGGGCUUACUACAUCAUUGGGCUGCCAAUCGGAUGCGUUCUGGGGUUCAAAACAAGCCUGGGAGCAGCUGGGAUCUGGUGGGGCUUGAUCAUAGGGGUGGCGGUGCAGACAGUGGCUCUGAUCGUCAUCACGGCCAGGACCAACUGGGACAGCGAGGUGGAGAAGGCGAUCCAGCGGCUGCGGCACACCGCUGCAGACGAGGGUGGCAUGGUGGUCGACGGCGACGUCUAAUGACCGGGCCCAUGGAUGUGUCUGGGGCUCUGUUUGGUGGCCAUUGUUUGCUAGGAGCUGGUGCCGAACUUUUAUUAUCAAGAGGCUAUGGUGCCUUUGGGUUUGUGCAAUAAGUUGAAGUGAGAUGAUUGAAAGUUGAAAUGCCUUUCGUUUUUUUUUUCAGGAUAAACUUGUACUCCCUCCGUCCGAGAAAAGUUGUCUCCAGCGUAGUGCACUGCAAAUUUUGCAAAAACAUCCUCGCAGCUUCAAAUCUGUUACAAAGAGGUCGCCGUGUGCCUUCUUCCUCCGCCACGCGCGCGUUGCCAGGGCCCGUCGUCGACCAGGAGCCGCGUCGGCCAAUUGCUUGCUCCGGCGCCGCCCAGGCCGCCCAAUUGCUUGCUCCUCCGCCACCCAGGACCUGCGCUGCCGCCACGCCAGUGCCCGUCGUCGCCCAGGAGCCGCGCCGCCCAAUUGCUUGCUCCUCUGCCACCCAGGCCGCCCAAUUGCUUGCUCCUCCGCCACCCAGGACCUGCUCCGCCGCCACCGCGAGGCCUGCGCUGCCGAUAUCCCCUCAAGCUCGUCCUGGACCUCAAGCACUCCCGUGGGCCUGGACCUCAAGCUCGAUCUCCCUCUGCUGCUCCUCUGCAACUUGCUGCUCCUCCCCUGCUCUUGCUGCCGUUCGGAGUUCCCCUGCUUGUGUGCUGCCGCCGGAGGUCCCCUUCUCGUGCUGCUGCCGGUGAGAACAAGUACAGGGCUCCUUGCUUGUUCAUCUCCAGGUACCUUGCUCGCAGUAUCUCCUCUGCAAGCACAGCGAAAAGAAGUACAGGGCUGCCCGUGAGAAAAUGUGCAAAGUAAAAUUGAUGAAUUCAGUUAACUCUUAAUUUGGAAAAAAAUCAGUUUAUGUGCUGAGUAAUUGAAGUGUUCAGUGAUCAAAAUUAUUGGCUAAGCAGAAGUUAACUUUGAGUAGUU